GACGGGUCUGAAUCUAGGCUAAAUCGCUCCAGGGCAUACCGUGGUUAGAGGCUUACUUACGGUGUUGGAAAUCGCUCCGGGCUACGACGACCGUUUGGACGGCAGGAGUUGUUGAAUUUGGUCGCUGAGGACUGGCAUGCAUUUUAGCGCUGACGGCGGUUUCAACCAGCUUGGGGGUAUGUUUGUUAACGGGCGCCCUCUACCGGAGACAAUGAGACAUCGCAUCGUGGAGAUGGCUCACUGUGGUGCAAGACCAUGUGACAUUUCAAGACAACUUCUCGUGUCCCACGGCUGUGUGAAUAAGAUCUUAGGUAGGUUUCUUGAGACUGGCUCCGUACGACCGGGUACCAUCGGUGGGAGUAAACCCAAAGUGGCCACGCCCACUGUGGUGGAGAAGAUUGAGAGAUAUAAACAAGAUAAUCCCACCAUAUUCGCCUGGGAGAUCAGAGAUAAGCUUGUAUCUGACGGCGUCUGCACAACUUCCACCGUUCCAAGUGUGUCUUCCAUCAAUCGCAUACUGCGCAAUCGCGCUGCGGAGCGCGCAGCCGCAGAGUACGCCAGGGCUACUGAGCAGGCGUACAUGAGCGACUACGCCAGCGCAUGGGCACACUACGCACCACCAUACGGCAUUGUUCCAGGAUUGAGGAUGGACAGUCAUCUGGACCCUAGGCAGUCAUUGAGGGCGUGCUGUUCAGGUCUAUUCUGUGGGCCACCUUUUGGAACAUAUCCACCAGGUCUGGCACCUUCCUCCGAGUCACCAUCCCCUCCCCCAGCCCCUGAUAACUACAACAAUGAUGCCCCCGUCUCCAUGGUAACUGCAUCAUCCCUACCCAGUUCUCAUGCCAGGUCCCCCUCACCAGACACACCCGUCUCCUCCUCAGAGAACAUGAACUAUCCUCCAGAGAUGGACUCUCCCUUCAAGGAUCCAAUCACAGAAGAGCAGAGGAGGAAACUGCGCAGGAGCAGAACGACAUUCACCUCGGAGCAAAUACAGAUUCUUGAGAAGGAGUUUGAGAAAUCUCACUAUCCCUGCGUCUCGACGAGAGAAGACCUCGCCAACAAGACGACGCUGUCCGAAGCACGGGUACAGGUUUGGUUUUCCAAUCGCCGUGCAAAAUGGCGCCGCCACAAGAAAGUUGCCACCCUCCAACAUCCGGGACCUCUGUUGCCCCACCAUCAUUCCCAUCGUGCCAUGUACCAGACGCCUGCUGCAGUCGCCCUCCCGCGGGCAUACAAGGCCAUGCAGCUGGAGGGCGGGAAAGUGACCCUAAGACCUUCCAUGUCGUCUGCUUUUACACCGCUAACAUUGACACACACACAAGCCACGUGUGCUACGUCGAGUGAUUCUCCGUAGAGAAAAAAAACACAGAUCCUGUGAGAAUUUGCGAUAUUUUCCGUAAAAGAAGCAAUGUAUAUAUUAUUGUGUUUGAGAAAAAAAACAGAGGUCCUCUGGCUGCAAACCUGCGAUUUCUUAAUAAAAAAAAUGUAUUAUAUUAAUGUGUUAUCAAAUGUAAAUAACUGUGGCAAAUCAUCUAAUAUUUGCGCUCUAAAAUUGAUUGAACAUUAUUUGUACAUAAAAGCAUUCAUGGCACCUUAUUCAUAAAUACCUGAGACAGUUUCUCCAUUUCAUGAUUGGUUGAGAGGACAUCACGUGGGGUGUUUAAACGGUGUCUGAAACCCCGGGCGCGUAUUUGCAAAGCACGCGCAAUAUUGUCAAAACAACAUCGGGCCAAGCUAGGCUGAGCCGAAUCCAAAGCCAAUCCAGUCGUUUCGAAAAGGGCCUAUGAUCAUUUUCAUUAUGAGCAUGUGUGCAUUUCAGAAAACAAUUGAAGUCUGCUGCCACCUACAAUCCCCCAAAGGUAUGUGAUUGUUUAAAACAUUGUUCAACUUGCCUUAGAAAUCAAAGUGCAUCAUCAAUAGGCUAAUGAUCUUUUGCCCUAUAAAAGUUGAUCCAAGUUUGUGUUUCUAAUAAUUUGUCUUGACAAUUGCCUAAACAUUUAAAAAUUACAAUUUUCAUGAAGAAAUAAUGUAAUUAAUUCAAAUUUCUCUUUUAAGGCUGAUUUUUUUAGGAGCUUACUCGCCUUUAACUUAUUUAUUUGCUUAACGGGAAAAAUCGCUUCUGGCAUAGACUCGCUAACAGUCAUUAUGUAACUAUGGGAGCUCUUUUCUUUAAUGUGCAAUAAAAACGCAAUCUAUUCAAA